CGUAUGCUUCUCUUAACAAAACUCUUCUCUACACUUAAAAUUCGCCGAUGCCUCUGUGCUGCUGCACUCUUGCAUAACCAUCCUAGGUUCGCUCCUCGCGCUUCUGGCUACCACAGAGUUAGACUGCGGACAGAGUAAAGUAACUACUGCUCAGGAAUGGCGAAGAAGAAGAAGAGAGCUGAACUAGAAGCAGGGGAAAAAUUGGAAGAAGGCAGAAAUUUGAAAGAAAGGGAAAAACACGAUCUUGACAAUAAUGUCGAUCUCGUUAGCGGCGAGCCUAAUAAGAAGAAAAACAAGAAGAAACAUAAGAGAGAUAAAACGGGCACGGACGAAGUUGGCUAUGAGAGUCCUACCGUUAGCAUAGCCUUACCUGGUUCCAUCAUCGACAAUACUCAAUCGCUCGAACUUGCUACUCGAUUGGCUGGUCAGGUUGCUCGCGCCGCCACUAUUUUUCGUAUUGACGAGGUGGUUGUAUUUGAUAAUAAGAAUAGCUCAGAAAAUGAUUCUGGCGUUACAACAUUGGUUUCUUCAGAUGAAAAUGAAAGUGGUGCAGCUUUUCUUAUAAGGAUCUUGCAGUAUCUCGAGACACCACAAUAUUUAAGAAAAGCUCUCUUCCCAAAGCAUAAUAACUUAAGAUUUGUGGGCAUGUUGCCCCCACUUGAUGCUCCACACCAUUUGCGAAAGCAUGAGUGGGCUGCCUACCGAGAAGGUGUCACUCUAAAAGAAAAGGCCCCAAACUCGAUGAGAACCAUGGUUGAUGUGGGUUUAAGUAAGAAUGUUGUUGUUGAACAAACACUUGAACCUGGAAUAAGAGUAACUGUCGCUAUGAGUGCCAACCGUAAUCUGGAUGCUGAUUUGCCACGGCAGGUUGCCUCAUCCUCCAAACCUAGGGAAGAAGCAGGGAUGUAUUGGGGGUACAAAGUGCGAUAUGCUUCUAAUAUCAGUUCAGUAUUCAAAGAUUGCCCCUACAAAGGUGGCUAUGAUCAUUUGAUUGGUACCUCAGAGCAUGGUCAGAUUAUCAAUUCCUCAGAGCUGAAUCUGCCUGUCUUCAGGGAGACAGUCCCAGAGAUAUCCAUUUGGGAUUUCUUUUUCAAGUCUAAUAAACUUUAUGGAAACUUUGAAGUGCUUGAUUUCUGCAAGUGGUUCAUUUGA